GCGGGGAUCGAUAACAAACCGGACUCGGUGUAAAUUCAUGACUGAAGUAAGAAGCAGCGAGCUGGCUUCUUAUUUCUCUCGAGCCAGUAAUCAGAGGCAAGCAAAUCAAGACAACCGGGACCAUGGAAAGAAAGAGUGCGCCUGUUAAGUGUAUCCUGAACAAGCCCCAGAUAGUCCGUGGUCUGGGCAGCAACCUUCACACAGAUGUGAGUGCCAGCCACUCCCGGGGAGGACGGUUGCUCCUGACCAAAGUGCAGCGCAGCAGGCACAAGAAUCUCUACAACAUCAACCAUCAAAUCAGGGCCAAGCCUGACUUGAACACAACACUACCAGUUCGACAGACAGCGUCCAUCUUCAAACAGCCAGUGACCAAAGUAACAAAUCACCCCAACAACAAGGUGAAGACUGACCCACAGAAGGCUGUGGACCAACCCAAACAACUGUUCUGGGAGAGGAAGUUGAGCGGGUUAAAUGCAUUUGAUAUUGCAGAGGAACUGGUGAAAACUAUGGAUCUUCCUAAAGGUUUACAGGGUGUUGGCCCUGCCUGUUCAGAUAAAACAUUGCUUUCUUCCAUCGCCAGUGCGCUGCACACCAGCCCCUCGCCAGUCACUGGACAGCUCACCGCUGCAGUGGAGAAAAAUCCUGGAGUCUGGCUCAACACAGCACAGCCUCUUUGCAAAGCCUUCGUAGUGACUGAUGAUGACAUCAGGAAGCAGGAGGACCUGGUGCAGAAUGUGAGGAGGCGGCUUGAGGAAGCCCUUAUGGCUGACAUGUUGGCUCAUAUAGAGGACACCACUGCAGAGGCAGCAGCCAGCAAAGUAGAGGAAAAGGUUGAGCAGGUGGACAAGGAGGAAUUAUAGCCAAGGCUUGUUUGACAUGAGGUUUACUGGUGAACUCCAUUUUAUUUUCAAAUAAUUGGAUCCAUGAAGAUUUUUUUUAUACACUUUUAACAAAUAGACCCUAAGUGCAGACAUUCUGCAGAUUUUGUUAACCUAAACAAAGACUUUGUUUCUUAAAUUUUUAUUUUUUACAUGUGACCAUGUAAUCCUGAAGGGUGCUUUGAGUUUUAAUUUUCAGUUCAUUUUUACCUCUACCAAUGUAUGACAGUUUUGGAUGGUGCUCUAAACAAUGCAGUGUUACACUCUGUUAACAGCUAUUCAAGCUCAAAGUUAAAAACACAAACCUGAUGUAUGUGAGUGAAAAGUGUGUGUGUCUGUCUGUGUGUCUGUUUGUGUGUGUGUGUGUGUGUGUUGUAUCAGUUUGUGUUCAGAACCUCUAAUGGUGUUUCUUUUUAACUGUUCAACAAGAACAUGUUGCUCUUUUAUAUUUGAACUCUGGCACUGUAGGUAGUGUUGUGUAGUUUGCAGUAUGUUUACAUGCACACAGCACUCUUGUGGCUGUGAAUAAUCACAUUUAGACUGAUUCAAGGUUUACAGUUCAAAGUGGUGUUAUUCUCACAAUAAUCGGAGUUUACAUGGUUUUAAAGUUCGGGCCAUGUCAUUUGUAUUAAUAGAAGAAUUGUCUGUAUUGUUUUGCCAACUGCAUUUGAAGAAAGAAAAAGAAAAGAUGUAUACCCUCAGAAAAUACAAAAACAAAUACAACACUGAUGUACCUCAUAACCUGAUGUACUGUACCUCAUUACAAGAUUCAUUAUUUGUCUCUGUAUCACUGUCAAAUAAAU